GAAAAACCAGAAAGUCCACUUGCCUCUUGAAAAAAAAAGCACCUUUGGUGUACCCAGUUGUUGCUUGGAACUGUAGCACCCACACCGUCUUUUUGCUCUUGCAUUUCAACCCAACGUUUUCAAGGUCAGCUUCUGUUCACCUCAACGUCCGAUAUUCCUCCGUCCCAUUUUUAACCGGAGACUCUGGACCCUGAGCGAGAGCUACUCCCAAGACGAAACGCUGCUGCUUCUGCCCGUAGAAAUCCGCCGCUUUUUCAAUGGCGCAAAGCAGGGCCGCCUGUUAAGGUGCCGCGGGAACUGGAAGGCGGCCCGAUCCACCGGUGGGGGGGAGCAACGUGGCCGGAGCGAAUCCCCCUCCUCGCCCACCGGCUGCGCCUUCGUCUCUGGGUGCAGGUCGUCCGCUCCGUUGGCCGUCGUGGUCCGGGCGGGCAUGGUUUCCCGGUCCUCCUUUCCUGGCGGUGGGAGGGCUUCCCUGGGCGGGCUCCGGGGCGGAGGCGAGGAGGCCGGCGGGGGUUGUUGCGAAGCUGGGGCUGCGAGGGUGAUGACGAAGUGAAAAUGGCGGAUCUUUCGAAAUCCUAUCCCGGCCCUUGACAUUCCAGAAGCGGCAGCUCAACAGCCCGAAGAGGCUCUUCUGACCCGCUUGGCUGCCAGCGGCCCCUCCAGCUGCCUCUCUCUCUCUCCCCCUCCCCGCAGCCGGACAGACCCUCGGGGGCGGGACGCCGCCUCCCCGCCCGGGAGCUGGCACCGACCAGCCUAUAGAAGGACUCGCGGCUGCCUCCCGGAGAGGGUGAGAGAAGGGCGCAUCGAGAGGUCUGGGCAGCCCCGGAUGCGCUGGCCGCGGAGGCUGGAGCCGAUCGAGGGGCUCCUCCUGCUUCGGAUUGCAGCUUCAGCACAUGGUGCUGCACGAUGAUGUUUUUGGAGGUGCACCGAUGUGAAGCAGCAGGAAUUUAAAAGAAAUUCAGUGACUCCUGUUGAACCUACCAUCAACAUCUGCAAAAUGGAGGUGGUGUCAGCAGAAGUGAACAACUUGCUCCCUGAAGAGAUUAUGGACACAGGUAUAACAUUGGAGGAAGACGAGAACAUCGAAACUGUCAUUGUGGGCGACGCUAUUCCUAUGGAAACAGAAUUGGAGGCAAUAGCAAAUGUAAGCUCCGCUGAUGAUCACACUACUACUGUCACACCAUCGGUCACCACGGAAUCUGUCACAUUGCCCAGCAAUUGUGUUAGCCCCGUGACCAGCAAUUCUGCCUUCGUAAAAUCUGAUGCCGGUGUGACUGCACAACCUUCUUUUCAAAGCGGCCUCCAAAAGCUAGGCCCCCAGACUCCAGUCUCUCUCUCAGCCAAUCAAAUUAUCCUUAACAAAGCAACGGACUUGAAAAUUGGUAAACAGGCCAUAAAGCAGGAAGGUCAAAAACUCAUAGUAACAACUCUGGGCAAGCCCGGGCAACCGAUUGUCUUAGCGCUACCCCACAACCAGCUGUCGCAGUCCCAGAAGACCACGUCGCAACUACAAGGCAGUGACUCCAAAGUUCCAGCCCAGCAGUUCAAGGUGGUGACAAUUGGAGGAAGGUCGGAGGUGAAACCUGUCAUUGGUGUCUCUACUUUGACUCCAGGGUGCCAGCUGGUAAAUACCACCAACCAGUCAUCCGUACUGCAGACCCAGCAAUUAAAAGCAGUGCAGAUUGCUAAGAAAGCCAGGACACCAACUUCAGCACCAAUGAUAACGAAACUCAUCAUCACAAAACCAAUCAAUAGCAAAGCAGUUACAGGGCAGACAACUCAAGUAUCGCCAGUCAUUGCAGGUAGAGUUCUUACGCAGACUGCUCCGGGGACACCCCCCAAAACUGUAACUAUAUCAGAAAGCGUUAUUGGGACAACUUUAAGUUCUACAAUACAGGAGGCACCAAAUAAGAUAGCAAUCUCCCCUUUGAAAUCCCCAAAUAAGCAGCUAACGGUGGUGUCGGUCGCCUCGCAGCCUCCAAGCUCCCCUCAGAAAACAGUUGGUGUUCCCCUAAACGUAGCGCUGGGACAGCAGAUUCUCACAGUGCAGCAUUCAACGCCAUCUUCCCCAGGGAAAGCGGUUGCAAACAGUACAACUGCUCAGGCUGUGAAAUCUGCAGUACAGACCCUCACUGUUGGGGGAGUGGGUACUUCUCAAUUUAAGACAAUAAUUCCCUUGACAACGGCACCCAAUGUCCAGCAAAUUCAGGUUCCUGGAAGCAAAUUCCACUAUGUCCGGCUUGUAACCGCCACCACUGCCAGUAGUGCAGCACAACCAGCCAAUCAGAAUCCAAGCACCAGCACUGCAACCCUGCAGCAAGCCAAACCAGUGGUGGUGAAUGCAACCCCUGUACGGAUGUCUGUUCCAAUUAUCCCAGCAACGCAGACAGUCAAACAAGUGGCCCCCAAACCAAUGAACACAACUUCGCAGAUAGUUACCACAAGCCAGCCACAACAGAGACUCAUUAUGCCUGCCACACCACUGCCACAAAUCCAACCCAACCUCACCAACCUUCCCCCUGGCACUGUCCUGGCCCCUGCCCAUGGCACAGGAAACGUGGGCUAUGCGUUUCUCCCUGCUCAGUAUGUCACACAGCUACAGCAGCCAUCUUGUGUCUCCAUAGCGAGCAGCACUAGUCUUAGUGGGACAUCAAGUAUCCAGACUCAAGCCCGACUUCCAUUCAAUGGAAUAAUCUCGUCUGAAUCUGCAAAUCGUCCAAGGAAGCCCUGCAAUUGUACAAAAUCACUGUGUCUUAAGCUAUACUGUGAUUGCUUUGCAAAUGGGGAGUUCUGCAACAAUUGCAACUGUACAAAUUGCUAUAACAACCUGGACCAUGAAAACGAUAGGCAAAAGGCAAUCAAGGCCUGCCUGGACAGAAAUCCUGAAGCCUUUAAACCUAAAAUAGGGAAGGGAAAGGAAGGCGAGUCAGACAGGCGACACAGCAAAGGUUGUAACUGCAAAAGAUCUGGGUGCCUCAAAAAUUAUUGCGAGUGCUAUGAGGCCAAGAUCAUGUGCUCUUCAAUUUGCAAAUGUAUUGGCUGCAAGAAUUUUGAAGAAAGCCCAGAACGGAAAACGCUGAUGCACUUGGCCGAUGCGGCUGAAGUGCGAGUCCAGCAGCAGACAGCCGCCAAGACAAAAUUGUCUUCGCAGAUUUCAGAUCUUUUAACCAGACCGGCCCCGGUGCUGACAAGCGGAGGGGGAAGGUUGCCCUUCACGUUCGUAACAAAAGAGGUUGCUGAUGCCACAUGUGACUGUUUACUUGCACAGGCUGAACAGGCCGAGAAAGCAGGAAAAUCAAAAGCAGUAGCGGAACGGAUGAUUCUAGAGGAAUUUGGACGUUGUCUAAUGAGAAUCAUUAACUCGGCAGGAAAGUCCAAAAGUGAUCCUUGUGCCAUGAACUGCUGAUUCUUUAAAAAAAACGGGCUUUGCUCAGACUGGGACACUAAAAGGCACACGGACACUUUCCUGGCUCACGGCAGCAUUCUUUGUUUGUUCCCCGGUGCUGUGAAGUUUCCAUGGUGUAUGUUAAUAUAGGAACUUUGCAACAAGCUUUUACCCUUUUAACUUAACUUUCUUUUGCUUCACAGAUAUAGGAUGCAUUUUAUUCCCAACCUCUAAACAACAUGGGACAGCAAGUGCAAAGUUUAGAUGGUUUCCUUCCCUUCGUACUUUUUAGAAAGGGUAUUCUAGAAGCAAUUCUUUAAAUUAUUAUUAUCAUUUGCAAUUGAUACGGUUGACCUUUGUAUUUAGAAGAAGAAAGAAACUAGUCGGUCUAUCAGGAGUAAAUCAGUUUUUGUGCAAAACUAAUUGAAAUGCCUGGAUAUUCUUAUAAGAACAAUAUACUGGAUAGAUUUUUUUCCCCAGCCCAUUCAAUCAGCGUCACAGCACAGAUUAUAUUUGCAAAAAUAUAGGCAGCGGUACAUCUGUGGAUGAGUUAAUGCUGACUGGAAAUUAUUAAAAAAUAAAUAUUUGCUGAAGAACAGCUUUAUAAAAAUGCAAAUGUAAAAGUUAUCUUGUUGACCACAAUCUAAUUUCAGUGACAGUGCCUUGUCUAUUGAUCUUAAAAUAUUAACACCCUAGCAGUGAUAGCUGCAGAUAUAUAACAUUGAUAGAAAAAAAAAUCAAGGUCAUAAUUGAUAUCUUAAUCAUUUUGGUAUGUUUUUAAAAAUGCAUCACUGUAAAAUAUAUAUUCCAAAUUUUAAUAAGACAUUUUUCAUGUCUGGCUUUCAAGGGGAUCAGCAUUUUAUUUGACAAAAGUCAGUGUAAUUAGAUUUUUAACAUUUCUGCUAUAUGCCCUAUGACAAAAUCGAGAACAAACCUGUCUCUUGUUUGUUUAGAAUGUAUCUAUCCGGUCAACUAUUGAAUUUCCCAGUUUCAAAUACUUCAGUAGGCUAAUUUAAAAAAAUCUUAAUUAAUCUUAAUUUAUAUUCAUAGUGUCUAAGCUUUACUCAGACCCAACGGCAGGAAUAGGUGGAAAUAAAUUGACGAUCAUGCCCAUAUUUGUUAGUGGAAGCAAUACUGGGGAUAUUUCUAAACUAAGGAACCCUUGGUAAUAUUUCAGAUUUAAUUAUAAAGGGGGUGACCAAGAUAAUCCUUAGAUUUCCCCAAAUCUGGGUUACUUCCCAAACUCUGGACUUCAGUUCACAAAACUCCCCAUCCCUGAGGAUUCCAGAAGCCCAUUAUGUCUGGAAGUGCUAAAAUUGUGUAAAAUGGCCGAUGUUCUUAUGACACUGUCUGAGUUUCCAGAAGAAGCCAUUUUUGGGGGCCUUUUGUGUUUCUCAAAUCUUUUUUUGCCUCAAUUCCAGAUGACGCCUAGUGAAAUUGCUUUUGGAAAAGUAUACUUUAAUGGAAAGGGAAGAAGUCAGUACGUUGUUUAAUAUGGUCUUCACCAUCCAUUGUCAGUGAAUUGCUUAGAUGUAGCUCAUUUAACUGCCUUUAUAAGAACUGUGUGAGUUUUGUUUUAAAUGGCGCAUGGCGCGGUGUGGAGGGUGCAUCUUUUGAAGGCUGAGGUGUCUUUUUUUUAAAAAAAAAAAUCCUGUAUGAUUGUCAUUUACAGAGUUCAGUAGAAAAAACAAGUUGGCCACUCUGCAACUCCCUUAUGUCCUUGAGUUUUCAUGCAUCGACUUCUGUCUGUCAGGUUAUGGUUGAAGUGUAUAAGAUAGUUGAAGUGGAUAAGACAGUGGAAGUCUAUAGAGCCAUAUCUGCUUGCGCAGAAAAUUAGAUCCGUCGUAUGAAAAUUCACAUUUCAACUGGAGAGGGAGGAGAAAGAUAUUACUGAGGUGUUGAAACUUUUUUUUCUUCAGCCAAGAGCAACCAUUAGUCCGAGUAAGUAUUCAGCCGAGAUGUUCUUUUAGCAGUGUUCAAACCAAUUUAAAGCUGUGCGUUCUUUUCAUUAUUCGAUUGGCUUAGUUUAUAUUUUAAAAGUAUAUUUUAGAAGCAUAGUCUUAGGACAAAAACCUGUAAGAUUUCCUUGGGAAAGAGAGAAAAGAGUGGAAUAAAAUUAUUUGGAUGGAACUGCUUAGGGGGGAGAGAACCG